UUUUCGAAUGGCGUGCAACAAGAUAAUAACCCACAAGAUGUUUGACCACAUCGUUCUGGUCAUUAUCUUCCUCAACUGCAUCACCAUCGCCAUGGAGAGGCCAAGAAUAGAGGCAUAUAGCGUGGAGCGCAUCUUCCUCACAUUAUCCAACUACAUCUUCACAGCGAUCUUUGUGGCAGAGAUGACAGUAAAGGUGGCUGCGCUGGGCUGGUUGUUUGGUGAUAAGGCCUACCUGAGGAGUAGCUGGAACCUUCUAGACGGGAUGUUGGUGAUGAUCUCAGCCAUAGACAUCCUUGUCUCAUUGGUAUCCAACAGCAGCCCCAAGAUACUGGGUAUGCUCCGGGUGCUGCGCCUGCUACGGACGCUCAGGCCACUACGUGUGAUCAGCAGGGCCCCAGGUCUGAAGCUGGUAGUGGAGACUCUGAUGUCGUCUCUAAAGCCCAUAGGGAACAUUGUGGUCAUCUGCUGCGCCUUCUUCAUCAUCUUUGGUAUCCUGGGAGUACAGCUCUUCAAGGGGAAGUUCUUUGCGUGUCAGGGAGAGGACGUGAGAAACGUCACUAACAAGUCAGACUGCAUGAUGGCCAACUACAAGUGGGUCAGACAGCAGUACAACUUUGACAACCUGGCACAGGCUCUGAUGUCUCUGUUCGUGCUGGCCUCUAAGGAUGGUUGGGUUGAUAUCAUGUAUGAUGGAUUAGAUGCAGUGGGAGUCGACCAACAGCCGCAGCUGAACCACAACCCCUGGAUGCUCCUCUACUUCAUCUCCUUCCUGCUCAUCGUCAGCUUCUUCGUGCUCAACAUGUUCGUGGGCGUGGUGGUGGAGAACUUCCACAAGUGUCGUCGCAGCCAGGAGGCCGAGGAGGCCAAGCGCAGGGAGGAGAAGAGACUGAAACGGAUGGAGAAAAAGAGACGGAGUAAGGAGAAGGAGAUGGCUGUCUCCCCGCUAGUUGUCCUCUCGUUGCCUGGUGGUCAGUGGUCACCCAUUCUGGUCCUGGAGAGCUACUUUGGUUCCAGCCCACCA